AUGCGCGCACAAACGGCAGAAACUGGCAACCGCAAGCGCAACCGCAAUACCGGCACUCCAGCGCCGGACGACAAUGGCGCGAUAUCAGCUGCUGGUAACUUUGAAUUAGAAAUACUAGAAAUUUCAAAUACAAAUAGCCACCUACUGACGGGCUAUUGCUGUGGUGUUCCUCUAGAGAUAAGAAGUACAAAAACGACGGGUUGUCCGCCAUGUUCCACUGCCUUUCGCCUGUGCCUCAAGGAGUACCAGAGUUCGCCGCCCAGCAUAACGACGGGCUGCUCGUUCGGCAACAAAACCACAGGCAUUUUGGGCGGCUCCAGCUUCGUGCUGAGUGAGCCGGGCAUGAGUGCGAUUGUGCUGCCAUUCACGUUUCGUUGGACGAAAUCGUUUACGCUGAUAUUGCAGGCGUUGGAUAUGUACAACACAUCGUACCCAGACUCGGAGAGGUUAAUUGAAGAAACAGCAUUUUCGGGCGUGAUCCUACCAUCGCCCGAAUGGAAGACAUUGGAUCACAUCGGCAAGAAUGCUCGCAUUACAUAUCGGGUCAGAGUGCAAUGCGCCGUUACGUAUUACAACACGACGUGUACGACUUUCUGUCGCCCGCGCGACGAUCAGUUCGGCCACUACACCUGCGGCGUGGAGGGGCAAAAGCUCUGCCUGCCCGGCUGGCAGGGCAUCAACUGCGAGGAGGCGAUUUGCCGGCUCGGCUGCGACCCCACACACGGCAAGUGCGACCAACCCGGCGGCUGCGAAUGUCGUCAGGGCUGGCGUGGACCACUGUGCAACGAGUGCAUGGUGUAUCCUGGUUGCAAGCACGGUUCGUGUAAUGGCAGCGCCUGGAAAUGCGUGUGCGAUACCAAUUGGGGAGGCAUACUCUGCGAUCAAGAUUUAAAUUACUGUGGCACUCAUGAACCCUGCAUGCACGGCGGUACCUGUGAGAACACCGCACCUGAUAAAUAUCACUGCACUUGCGCCGAGGGUCUGUCCGGCGAACGCUGCGAGAUCGUGGAGCAACCGUGUGCGACGCAGCCGUGCAAAAACGGCGGAACCUGCAGGCUCAAAGAAUCAACACUCCCGAACGUAACAACGUUGCCGACAUAUCGUGCGAUGCGCGGCAUGAGCUCGGCAAUGGGCAAACCAGUUAGCCGCCGCGAAUCACUGCUAGGACUGGCAGGAUUAAGCGGCGGCGGCGCGGCAGCCACAACGAUACCGACUGGCGCAGGUGGUGGCGGUGGCGGCGGCAGCGCGAGUGGCGGUGCGGGUGAUGGACGCGGGAACAGCACGAGCGCCAUGAGUGCACUUGCCGCGGCGGCCAAAUUGCUGCCAGGCGGCGGCGGAGGUGUCGCUAAUCCAGCGCUAGCCACAUCCAUGCUCAUGCAGCUGCAACAGUACCACAGCAACGCCAACAGCGGCAACGGCGGCAGCGGCCCGGGCACCAGCAAUCUGCUGCAUUCGCCGCAUCACUCGAUCGGACAUCGGGCGCAACAGAUACCACCGGUUGGCGAGUACACUUGCGACUGCACGCCCGGCUGGACGGGACCAUCAUGUGAAAUCAAUAUCGACGAGUGUGCUGGCGGUCCCUGCGAACACGGUGGCACUUGCAUCGAUCUAAUCGGCGGCUUUCGCUGUGAAUGUCCUCCCGAGUGGACAGGCGAUGUAUGUCAAAUUGAUGUAAACGAAUGCGAGGUACACUAUACAACAACAACAACGAACAGCAACAACCACCACAACAAUCAUCAUCUAAACAAUGGCGCUGGAACGUUGGCCGACGCGAUUUCAUCGGCGACCUCUUCGGCGGCGUUGAUUGCCGCCAUAAGCGCUGCGUCAUCGUCCACAGCUGCCACAGCCGCCGCCAAGGCAGCGCUGCAAUCACAGGCCGCAUCUGCAGCCAAUGCCACGGUCAUUAGAGCAGCAGCAGCAGCGCAGGGCGCGACGCAGUCCGGCACAGUGGGCCCGUGCAUAAAUGCGCAGCAGUGCGUCAACCUGCCCGGCUCCUUUUCGUGCGUGUGCCUCGAGGGCUGGGGUGGGCCGACGUGCGCGCAGAACCUGGACGACUGUGUGGGACAGUGCAAAAACGGCGCGACCUGCAUCGAUCUGGUGAACGACUAUCAUUGUGCGUGCGCAACCGGCUUUACAGGUCGCGACUGUGAGACCGACAUAGACGAAUGCGCUAACUCGCCGUGUCGCAAUGGUGGCGAAUGCGUGGACUUGAUUGGCAAAUUCAAAUGUAUCUGUCCGCUGGGUUACUCCGGAUCGCUAUGCGAGGAGGCCAAAGAUCACUGCACACCCUCGCCAUGCCUGCAAGGCCGUUGCCUCAACACACCCGGCAGCUACUACUGUCACUGCCCGCCCGAUCGCGCGGGAAAGCACUGCGAGCAAAUACGGCCGCUCUGCUCCCAACCGCCAUGCAACGAGGGCUGCUUCGCCAACGCCACGAUGAACGCGCUGCCGUGCAGCGGACACGGCACUUGCGAGAUCGGCGACGUGGGCACAUUCUGCAAAUGCCAUGUGGGCUACACGGGCACCUUCUGUGAACACAAUCUAAAUGAGUGCUCGCCAAAUCCUUGUCGAAACGGUGGAAUUUGCCUGGACGGCGACGGUGACUUCACAUGUGAAUGCAUUUCUGGUUGGACAGGAAAACGUUGCUCGGAACGUGCUAAUGAGUGUUAUGGCGGACAGUGUCAAAAUGGUGGGACUUGCCUACCUAGUUCCACCGAGAAGGGCCUGCAAUCGCACUGCCGUUGUACGCCCGGCUGGCAUGGCGUUUUCUGCGAUGAGCCUAUCGACCAAUGUAGCGGACAACCGUGUCACAAUGGCGGUACUUGCGAGUCAGGCACUGGUUGGUUCCGCUGUUUGUGUGCACAGGGCUUUUCCGGACCGGAUUGCCGCAUUAAUGUGAAUGAGUGUUCGCCGCAGCCCUGCUUGGGCGGUGCCACUUGUAUUGACGGUAUUGGUGGCUUCACUUGUAUCUGUCCACCGGGGCGACAUGGAUUGCGUUGUGAGAUAUUGCUAUCUGAUCCCAAGUCUGCUUGCGUAAACUCUACCAACACGCUCUCGCCAUAUCAUGCUUUGAAUCAGAGUCAAGGUGACUGGCUGGAACUGGCGCUCUCUGGCAGUACGGACGAGUACUGCAAUGCCUGCAUCUGCGAGAAUGGCACAUCGCGUUGCACGAAUCUCUGGUGCGGCUUACCGAAUUGCUUCAAAGUGGAUGCUGCUACGAAAUCCUCAAAUUUGUCCGGUGUAUGUAAGCAGCACGAAGUAUGUGUACCAACAGUGAAUGAGGCGUGUCUCUCGCCGCCCUGUGCCGUACGUGGUGACUGUCGUGCGUUAGAGCCAUCGCGCCGUGUAGCUCCGCCGCGCCUGCCCGCCAAGCCGGAAUGUUGGCCAAACCAAGCGAUAUUGAAUGAGAACUGCGCACGCUUUACUAUACUGCUGGACUUGCAACAAGUUGGCGAGGGCUCAUCCGUUGAGGGACUUUGUUCGGUGAUACGCUUUCUACUGGCCUCAAAACUGGUGAAAUCACCACCCGACAACAACGACGCCAUGCUAAUUAUAAUUUGCGAUCUGAAAAUGGGCACAAACGACACCAUCGAAAUGACUGUGUCAUCAACCAUGUUAGCUGAUCCGCAAUUGCCUAUAACAGUCGGUCUACUUGGCGAGCUACUUUCCUCGCGUCAGAUUAACAGUUUGCAACGCCGCAAAGAGUUGCGGAAUGCUAAAUUCGCGCCUUUGGUCUCCAUACUAGAGGUCAAGGUAGAAACCGCACUCGUGGCGGAAGGUAAUCACGGCAGCCUACUAAUUGGCAUUCUUUGCGGUAUUUUCAUCGUGCUAAUCGGUUGUGCUGUAUUCAUAACACUUAUGUGGCGUCAACGGUUACACCCGCGCUCUACUUCGGGCAUUAAUCUUACACCUUCAAUGGAUGUCUCGCGUCACGAAGAGGAGAAAUCGAAUAAUCUACAAAAUGAAGAAAAUCUACGUCGCUACACAAAUCCGCUCAAAGGUUCGACCAGUUCUUUAGGGCGCACCAAUGGCAUGGAACUUAGCCUCAAUCCAUCACCCGAACUAGCGACGGUAUCGUCACUUGUAGCCGCUUCCACCUCAGCGCUGCAUCGCUCACAGCCCCUCUAUCCGGCCAAUUGUGGGGAAUCGAAUUUCGACUGCGAGCUGGAAGUGAGUGCGACCGGCAGCAGAACCAACGCCACGAGCAAGACUGAACUUCACCACGCACACGUGCAAAAGCGCAAUUCGCAAAUCUUGCUGCAUAAAACGCCCAAUUCGGAUAUGAAGAAGAACACCGUCGGUUCGCUAGACAGUCCGCGAAAAGAUUUUGGCAAGAGAUCAAUCAAUUGUAAAUCAAUGCCACCGCCCGCCAACGAAGAAUCGGACGUGCUCACCGUGGUGGUGUAGUACACGAUCGAAGUGGCCGUAGAGGCGCCAUCGUGCAUUUGAGCCAAUGAUCUCAGAAUAUCUACCGAAUUAACUAGCAAACUGUAGGUUUAAAUAUACAUGUAUGUACCAACUUCUGGAGCCCAACGCAAUAAGGCAACCGUGGAAGUGGUCUUGUGUCAGCCGUCAGGGGCAACGAAGGCAGUUAGAGCGGAUGUCCUUAAGCUGGCUAAACGCUGCUGUUAGUAACAGUAAAAUCGACAAAACGCGAAAGAAAUUUUACUUAAUAAAUUGUUUACGAAUUACGACUGUUUUGUAACAUUUUUAAGAAAAUGAAUAUUUGACUCGAAACUAGCAAUAUGCAAUAGUUAAACUUACAAGUAGUAUAAUUAAAUUAAAUCACAAGUUAAGCUUAGAAGUAAACAAAAAGUGUAGUGUUAUUGGAAAAAGAUCAAUAUUUAUAAUAAGCCGUUAGUUUAGUGCAUAUAAUGUUGAGUUUGAAAAUCCUACAGUGUGUGAUAUUAAGAAUAAAAUAAUUACAAUUAACAAAUGAAUAGAUAAUUCUGUAAUUCUAACCUAUAAAUGACGUUUGCAUUAAGCUAUACUUUAGGAAAUAUUAUAUAAAGAAUUUUAACAGGAAAAACUAUUUAAGUUAAGUUGGUUGUAAAUAUAAUUAAACUUACUGAAAAUGUGUAAAUAUUAGUGCUUAUAAAAAAUAUAGUUAAAUAAGGAGGAUUUGCGCGAACUUAAAAAAUCCCACAUACAUUUUGAUAAUUUCUAACAUUUAAAAUCAUAAAAAUAUCUUUAUUUGAUUUUGUUUAAGUUUUUUCAUGCUUCCAUAUUUAGUUAGGAUUGUUAGUUAUAUAUUGUUUCUCAACUAGGCUGCAAUAAAAUAUUUAAUUAGUAGUUAUAAGUUUUGGUUAGCCAUUAUUUAUAUUGAUUAUACAUUCGUUUUUGUAAAUGAUGUUUGGCAUAAGUAAUUAUUUUUGAAUAAUUUCUUCCAUUUUGUACUGUAGAACUUUUAUUACUUUUAUAAAAAAA